AUGGCUGGCCAUAAAAACUCCUGCACCCCAUUCGUCGGAAGGGAACUCCUGACGAAGGUGUCUGAUUUUGCCAUUUUCAUCCACCUUACAGUAUUUCAGGAGAGCCAGCUUAAGCUCCUUUCUCUUAUACUUAUUCCUCUUGAGAGUGGUGGUGUGAUCGAUAUUUUCACAACUCUGCAGGUGUCCCGAUUUACAAGUGAAAUUUCCAGGGAUGGCAGUUUGGACCUCCAUGAGGGGUCAGGUUUCCUGUACUUGCUGGGAGAUCAUUUUGGGCCCACUUGUUCUGGAAAAGGGGAUAAAGGGGGAGCAGCGUCUGGGGGUGAUACUGCUGAUUAGAAGUCACAGGGUCCCAAAGGUGGUGGCAAUGCAGUAAAGGUCAGACACAUUCCGUGUGAAAAAUACAGCAAAAUUAUGGAAGCCAUGGAAAAGUUAAAGUCUGGAAUGAGAUUCAAUGAAGUGGCCACACAAUAUAGUGCAGAUAAAGCCAGGCAAGGGGGUGACUGGGUUUGGAUGACCAGAAGAUCCAUGGCGGGACCAUUUCAAGAAGCAGCAUUGGCCUUGCCUGUCAGUGCGAUGGAUAAACCCGUGUUUACAGACCCACCAGUUAAGACAAAAUUUGGAUAUCAUAUUAUCAUGGUGGAAGGGAGAAAAUAAAAUUAUAUGAAAGACUGA